CAUAGCGUUAGUGGCGGCGGCUAUGCAAGUCCUUUAACUGGUGAGUUGGCCCGCAUUGUCGCUAAUGGCAACCAGCGUGCUUAUCAAGGAUAUUACGCGGCAAAUAAUAGCAACCUAUUGACACAAUCACACGGCCGUCAACAGCAACAGCAGCAUUGUAGUGGUAAUAAUAAUAACAAUUAUAACGCUGGAGUACAAGCCGCCAAAAAGUCGCCAACGUAUGGCUCCAGUUCAGCUUCGUCGUGUUCUUCGUCAUCAACGUCCUCCAUAUCGUCUAAUUGUUCGAAUACAUCACACCGCCAAGAACAUCCAAGUCAGCAACAACCACAGCUGAUCAAAACUUCCAAUUUGAAUUUAGCCAUUGAAACGUUAGCUGCAAAAUCAAGUCACUACCAAACGGGUGGUGGAUACCCACGACAGCCAUACCAACGUGGGCAACAAAAUCAUAAUAGCCAUCAUCAUCAUCAUCAUCGACACCACAAUCACCAUCACCAUCACCAUCAACAUCACCAUCAACAUCCACAUCAACCGCAAUAUCAACGUCAACAGCAGCAACCUCAUCAACAUCAUCAACACCAACAACAUCAACAUCAUCCUCAACCACUUCCGUUGCUACCCAAUAAUCCCACACAGCCCCAACACCAGAAUUUUUAUAACCUUACUUAUGUAAGUACAGAUGGGCAUUGCAGCAGUUCUCUCAACCUCGCAAGCGGUACUUCAAGGAUAUGUAGUCCCGGAUCGUCUUCCAUGUCAGUAACUUCUUCGUCGGCGUCAAAUCAUAAUUCAAAGUUGCUCGAUAAUAAUAAUGGUACAGGAGCAACUUUAAUGCUAAGUUUCAAUUCCGCAAACACUAACAAUUACGCACAACGUUAUCAUCAGAGAGGACAAUCACAUCAGCAACCGCAUUACCAGAAUCAACAACCAAACUUCAUCAACAAGAAGUUGUUGACACCACUGAACUUAAUGUCUCCUGCGCAAUCUCCCUCUGCUACCAACACUGUGUGCUAUGCUCAACUUGAUGAGGCUGUAACGGCGACGAAAGCAUCGAUAUCUUCGUCAUUGUCAUCGAACGAUGUUGGAACUUCCACGCAAACACAUUCAACCAAAUCAGUGAACACUGGGAUUGGCAAUGACUAUGACUCUGAUACCUCAUCCACCCAAUCCUCCGCUGUUUCUUGUCAGGGCCCUCAAGUUAAAUAUCAACCCUUGAAAUCUUUGUCGUUAUCGUCAUCUUCGAGUUCUUCAGCGGCAUCUUCUAUUUCUUUGUCUACGCCAACGACCAUAGACUGCAGUCAGACCAGCACUCCAGCACCAUCAGCCACGCCGCUUCUUAGUCCUCUAGAUUAUAACGCAUACAAUUCUGUCAUUCAAAACAUUCCGCCUUCAACUACGAUUCAUCACAAUCUACAACAGCGCUAUCAAGCCCAACAUCAACAACAUAUGUUAGCUUACAACCGGAAUGUUCCUACUGCAGCUUCCAAUCAGCUGAGUGCGCAGCAAUUGUAUCGUAAUGGUGUUAUUUCAUUAUUAAAUCUGCAGACACAAAACAAUGGCAGUACAAACUCUGGAGGCCAUGGAAUCGGUCAAGAAGAUGAUUACUUGCAAGCUCUACAACACCAACCACAUCAAACGCAUCAUUUUUACUUCAGUGCAAACUCUCCCAGUACCGCAUGUGAUCAGCCAACGUUAGGGGUGACGUCAGCUUUAACAGCAAACCUUUCAAACUGCUCAGCAAGCAGUAGUAGUGGUUAUUGGAGUCCUACACAGCACGCAAACUUACUCUACAAUCAAACAACAAAUGUUUCAGUCUCACCGCGCUUAAACGACCUAGAUGAAUUACAGCAAUCAUUGCCAACAAACCAUGUGAUGUCAAGCUUAUGCUCGGCUGUAGGUGGUGGGCUCUGCAUGAACAAUUCAAAUUCUAACGUUCAUCCCAAAAGAGGAAGCUCUGCACAGAUUUUGUCACAACAACAGCAACAACGUGUUAUCGUUCAACAACAACAGCAAUCGUCUACUUCACUGCCGAGCAAUUCUAAUCCCAAUAUCACUUCUCUUAACGCGGGAGUACGUACGCGCUCCGGUGGCCGUAACCAACAAAUACAAACAUCUGUCAUUACAAAUGCUGGAAGUGGUUCACAGCAAUCGCCGCCGCCGCCUUCUUUGCAAACUCAUCUACUUACUCAUCAACCAGCAUCUUUACAAACUGUUCCGCAACCAUCCCACAAUUUGAUUUAUAACAAUCCGCCUACUCAUAUGCGUGCAUUGGCGGGCAUAACUGCAAAUCCAUCUGUACAUGAUUUUUUUACACAUACACCGCCGGAUCGGUUUUUAGCUCGGGCACAUCUUAUUGAAGCUAAAGAAGCACCGCCAUCUCUGCUUAGUAAUACAAAGUGGGAUAACCUAUCGCAAGGUAUUUGGAAAAAAUUUAUCAGUUCACAACAAACUAAGGAGACGUUUAAACAGAAAAUGAAACUAUGGCGCUACUUGUAUCUGUUCAUCAAGAAUGCCUAUCCACGUUAUGGCUUAUAUUUAGUAGGAUCAACAAUAUCUGGUUUUGGAUCUGAUAGUUCCGACGUUGAUAUGUGCUUAGUAUCACGUAGUGCGUCCAGUAUUGAUCCCCGGAUGGAAUCUUUGUUUAAUUUAACUGUAUUACGUGAUUGUCUGAGCAAAUCAGGUGAAUUUGAAAAUUUCAAUUUAAUUGAAGCCAAAGUGCCUAUAUUACGAUUUCGAGAUCGCAUUCAUCAGCUAGAAGUGGAUUUAAAUUUCAACAAUUGUGUUGGGAUUAAAAACACGCAUUUACUUUAUUGCUAUUCACAAUUGGACUGGCGUCUGCGUCCACUGGUGCUGGUUAUAAAAUUAUGGGCACAAUAUCACAACAUUAAUAAUGCAAAAAAUAUGACGAUUUCCAGUUACUCGUUGGUGUUGAUGGUAAUACAUUUUCUGCAAUAUGCUGUUAGUCCGCCCGUUUUGCCGUGCUUACAUGAUAUAUAUCCAGACAAAUUUACACUUUUGCGUUCCAAUGAUUUCGGUUAUGUGGAUAUGAAUGAGACUAUAGGACCCUAUGAAAGUAAGAAUACCCAGACUUUAGGAGAAUUGUUUUUAUACUUUCUAGAGUAUUAUAGUUGUUUUGAUUAUUCUCAAUUUGCAAUAUCUGUACGUACAGGUGGCUUGUUACCUAUAAAUGUCUGUCGCACAGCAAAAUCUUUAAAAAAUGAUAUUCAUCAGUGGAAGGCAUUGUGUAUUGAAGAACCGUUCGAUCUAACGAAUACAGCACGUUCUGUAUAUGAUUUUGAAACAUUCGAACGUGUGAAGGCCGUGUUCGUGGCUUCGUGGCGUUUGCUACAAGAAACGUUAGAGUUGAAUUCCGUAUUUUCAACAGUUAUUAUACCUUCAGUGCUCCCCAUUAAUAAAGAAGGUUAUGAGCAGUAUAUACCUACAAAAUCUGUGUUAAAAGAAUUAACAUUAGCUGCUAUGUCUACAAAUGCCGCUACAAUGACACACGACAAUUGUCCUUGUAGCCAGGGCGGCAUGUCGUCGGAGUGUUUAAGUUCAAUGCAUCAUAAUUGUGUCUUGAAAAAUAAUAAUACGGCGGCAAGUGAAAUUCAAAAAAAAGGCUUAUCGAAUUAUGGUAGCGCUCAGAAACAAAUCAAUAGCUCCACCAAUAAUAACAACGCAAACACCAAUGCUAAUGCCGCCAACAGCACAACUUCAAACUUAACUACUUUGAUUUCCUGAGUAACAGUGUUUUGUAAGGAAACUACUAUGUAUGGCAGCUGUUUUAUAUUCACAAACUCGACAUCAAUAAUGCGGUCACCUU